AGCGACACAACGCAAGAGUGAAGGGCAGAAAACCUGCCACGACUGGAACGGAAAAGCAACUCUUGUUAUCCGAAUAGCCGAGGCACUUUUCUUCUGUUUUGUUUCAUGCGCGGAAAUUUGAGGAUAACAGUUCCAGUGCAUCCGUUGUUGGGGGAGGUGAAUAUUUUUUUGUACUUAUUUGGCAGCAACAGCUGUCACAUAAUUUCUUUAGUAUAUAUUUGGAUUUUAUUUGAAACAAUGUAUUAACGACGAGUAUAUUACCAAUGUUUUAGACACAAGGGGAAUAAUUUGUUGCCAGAUAAAGGCAUUUUGCGCGAGGAAACGCAAAAGGGUGCGUUUUCCCAGAGAAACAAACACGAUUGCGAGGAUAGGCUGUCGGCAAGGAGACCAACGGAUGAGGAAAGAUGGAAUGAUCGAGACAACAUGAAAAAGAAAAAGUGCGGAAGACGUUUUUCGCUUAUCCUUUGAAUCAACAACUGCACGGAGGAGACAGUCUAAAAGGGGAGAGGCGAAGGAGAGAGAGAGAGAGAGAGAGAGGAGGAGAGUAGAGAUAGAGAGUGCCAUUAAGUCUCCACUGGAGCUCACAGGGGGUUGACAUGGAUCCUCCUCCCUCCCUGAACCAAGCCCUGCUGGGCGGGAGUGAGGACGAGGACCAGCAGCAGCAUCAUCACCAUCAGCAGCCGCCGCAGCAGAGAUCACCCCUGCCCUGCGCUGGCACACCUCACCCAGGCGGCAUCGCCGGCGGCGGCGGCGGCUACCCCGGAGCCAACCACUCCAACCACAUGGGGGCGAACAACAGCCUGGAGCGCCUCAGCAGCACGCCUUCGCCCACCACCCCUAGCGGCGGCGGCGGAGGAGGUGUCCUGCCCCCGCCGUCCAUCCUGCCCCGGCUGCCCCUGGUGACCUCCACGUCGGGGGUCAUUUCCUCCUCCUCCUCUUCCUGCGCUGCUGUUGGUGGGGCCGCCAUGGUGCCCCAGCUGCCACCGCAGCACAUCCCCAACGCGCUGCACCCCUCAAGCACCCCGCUGUCGUCCUGCCUGGGCAGCCAGCACAGCCUGAGUGCCGACGCCUCGCCCGUCUACCCCUCGCUCUUCUACUCAACGCACUCGCCGUCGGCCGAGCGCGACCGUGACCGGGACAGAGAACGGGAGCGGGAGAGGGACAGGGACAGGGACCGGGGCUGCAAGCACAGGCAGGCCAGCCCGCUGGUGCACCGGCGGGACAGCAACCCCUUCACGGAGAUCGCCAUGAGCUCCUGCAAGUACACGGGCGGCGUGAUGAAGCCGCUCAGCCGCCUGAGCGCCUCGCGCCGCAACCUCAUCGAGUCGGACAGCAGCAGCGACACCAAAGACGGCACGGGCACCACCGGCACGGGCUCGGGGUCAGCGACCAGCUCGGCCCCUUCCUCCUCCAUCCCGCCCGCCGCCGCCUCCUCCUCCGUGCCCUCUGCCGCCGCCGCUGGGGCCCUGGCGUCGGGCUCGCACGCCUCCCAGCUCGGCCAGUCGCAAAGCCCGCCCGAGAUCGUGAUCUCGUCCAAAGAGGACACGCCCUACCGGGGCCACGCCUACGAGAUGUCCAUCUACCACCAGAACCACGCCCUGUCGGAGAGCAGGGGCACCAUCAGUGGUGCAGGUGGAGCUGGAGGUGUAGGUGGGGUGGGCGGGAGUAACGGGCGUAGAGGAGGAGCGGGAGGCGGGAGCAGCGGGGCUGUGUCUGGGAACGGUAGGAGCCUCUCUAAGGCCCAGAAGCGCAAGAACCAGAACAUCGGCUACAAGCUGGGCCACCGGAGGGCGCUGUUCGAGAAGCGCAAGCGCCUCAGCGACUACGCGCUCAUCUUCGGGAUGUUCGGCAUCGUCGUCAUGGUGAUCGAGACCGAGCUCUCUUGGGGAGUCUACAACAAGAGCUCCAUGUACUCUCUGGCAUUGAAGUGUCUCAUCAGCCUUUCCACUGUCAUUCUCUUGGGACUCAUCAUUGCCUACCAUGCGCGGGAAGUACAGCUGUUUGUCAUCGACAACGGCGCCGACGACUGGCGCAUUGCCAUGACGAUGGAGCGGGUGCUGCUGAUCGCGCUGGAGCUGCUGGUGUCGGCGGUGCACCCGAUUCCCGGCGACUUCAAGUUCCACUGGCGCGCCCGACUGGCCUUCUCCUACGCGCCCUCGCAGGCCGAGGCCGACCUGGACAUGGUGCUGUCCGUGCCCAUGUUCCUGCGCCUCUACCUCAUCGCGCGCGUCAUGCUGCUGCACUCCAAGCUCUUCACCGACGCCUCCUCGCGCAGCAUCGGAGCGCUCAACAAGGUGCACUUCAACACACGGUUCGUGAUGAAGACUCUGAUGACCAUCUGCCCAGGCACCGUGCUACUGGUCUUCAGCAUCUCACUGUGGAUAAUCGCCGCCUGGACCGUACGAGUCUGCGAGAGAUACCACGAUCCUCAGGACGUGACCAGUAACUUCCUGGGGGCCAUGUGGUUGAUCUCCAUCACCUUCCUCUCCAUUGGCUACGGAGACAUGGUGCCCCACACCUACUGUGGCAAAGGCGUCUGCCUGCUCACGGGCAUCAUGGGGGCAGGCUGUACAGCUUUGGUGGUUGCCGUGGUAGCCAGGAAGCUGGAGCUGACCAAGGCUGAGAAGCAUGUGCACAACUUCAUGAUGGACACACAGCUCACCAAGAGGAUAAAGAACGCGGCGGCUAACGUGCUGCGGGAGACGUGGCUCAUCUACAAGCACACCAAGCUCCAGAAGAAGAUCGAUCACGCCAGGGUCCGCAAGCACCAGCGCAAGUUCCUGCAGGCCAUACACCAGCUACGGAGUGUAAAAAUGGAGCAGCGCAAACUCAGCGAUCAAGCCAACACGUUGGUGGAUCUCUCAAAGAUGCAGAGCGUGAUGUAUGAGCUGAUGUCGGACCUGAACGACCGCAGCGAGGACCUGGAGCGGCAGAUGCUGAGCCUGGAGCAGCGGGUGGAGGCGCUGACGGCGGGGUUCACGGCGCUGCCUGCCCACCUGUCGGCCACGCUGAGCGCCCAGCACAACGCGCUGCUGAUGCUGCUGCACGAGCGCGACGCCAAGCUGCUCUCGCCCGGCACGCCCACCGGCCACCAGGUCCUGCCUCCGCUGCAGCUGCUGCCCACGCACGUCAACGUGCCCGGGCAGAUGAACCUGGUCGGACUGGGCACCAUGAACGCCACUGCCAUGGGCAUGGGGGUGGGGGUGGGGAUGGGGAUGGGCAUGGGGACAGGGACGAUGGGCACGGUGUCCCCUCCCAUGGCGGCCAUCGCGCCCAACGCAGCUGCCAUCGUUGCCACUACUACGACUACUACUGCCACUGCCGGUAGCCCAGCACAAAGCUCGGAAGCCGAGGACAACACCGUUACCCCUGCCUCUAGCUGCUGAGAGAGAGAGAGAGAGAUAGAGAGAGAUAGAGAGGGAUAGAGAGAGGGGGGAUGAGAGAUGGGAGAUACAGUACAAGGGGUGGAGGUGGAGGAAAAAUAAAAGGGAGAGGGAGAAAAAGGUGGAAGAGGGGAUGGAAGAAUCCCAAGGAAAUGGCUGCUGAAAAAGGUGGUGGUGUAAGAGACUGGAUGAAACAUUGCAGGGGGUGAGAGAGAGAGAGAGAGAGAGAGAGAGAGAGAGAGAGAGAGAGAGAGAGAGAGAGAGAGAGAGAAGAAGCAGAAGCAGAGGAGGAAGAAAAGAGCUGGUGAGAGGCAGGGGAUGGGCGGUAGGUCUUGGGGAAAAAGGAUAAGGGCUCUAAUUGAGAACUCAGGAGAGCGCUAAGAAUUCUAUAAACCCGGGAAAUGACUGGAGGAGGUUGGAGGAGAAAUUGCACACAAGAGGCUGGCCCUGCUGGGGAAUAAAAAGGACAGCCAGCAAGCCAGGAGGGGAGAUGAAGAAGACCAGGAGAGAGAGAGAGAGAGAGAGAGAGAGAGAGAGAGAGAGAGAGAGAGCGAGAGAGAGAGAAAGAGACACACACUCUGGAAUAAUUAUGUACGAAUGCCAAUCACUCCUGGAAUGCUGUGCACACUAAUUAGAAGACGAAAAUGUCUCCCUUGCCCCCCCCCCCCUUCCUCCCUCUCUCCAUCAGGAAAUCAUGACAAUGACUUUGUCCAGAAAAAAAAAAUCUUGUGAUAUGUUUUUUCUAUUAUCUAAUGGCUAAUUGUGUGUUAACAAGCAUCCCUUUAAAAAAAAAGAAGAGCUCCAAUCAAGAACAUGAAACAAGACUAGUGCCACUGCCGUAACCUAGACACUACAGAACAAACACACUCACAACA